CGUCAUUUUGAAUCCUUUUAACCCUCAUCGAGUCGCAUCAUAUCGGCAUCGUCCCACUUGUUUCGCUCCACUGUUUCGCCCAGGACCAUUGCGCGGCACGUGACGGGCGGAUCCUGCGCACACGAGCCAACCACACCAUCCUUCCACCUCCGUCCACGCAAAACAAUCGGACCCUCUCUCUCUCUCUCUUUCUCACCUUGGCGUGGCAUAUGCAUUGGUAUGCAUUGAUGCUGGCGAAACUGUUUUGCAGAAAUGCCACAGCAUCAAAACCAAGCAUGACGAGGUGCGGGCACGGGCCACGAGUCGACCAAACUUAGCAAGGACGACGACGACGGCGCGCCGAGGCGACAAGUCAGCAAACUCAUUUCGCCUGUCAAAAGUUUGGUGAACCGACUGGCUGUGUGUGUGUGUGUGUGUUCUCGUGUCCUACGCGAAUGGGGGUGGUCUGUGCGCCUUUGCGCGGAAAGGAAGUAAACAGUUUUUAUUCGCACUAGAAUCGCUAGUGCUACCGAAGGAGAAAGGUGUUUCGUGUAGUUUUGCAAGCUGUUCGAUGAAAACAGUGACAACACCCCUAACCUGUGUGUGUGCGCGCGCGACCGUGUGCUGGGGCUCGAGCAGGCCCUAUAACCAGAAUGUGUUGAUAAGAGGCAUUGUGGGUGGAUGUUGGUACCGUGUCCUACUGCUAUAAGGGAGCGAGACACUGAAACCAAAGCCCCAAAACCAGUCCUAUGGUUGUGUUAAGACCGCUCAACAGUAGAUUGUGGAGGUGCGCGCGGAAACCCUCCUGCUGGCUACCAUGUGGAGGCUGUGUGUUUUGCAGCAAUAGAUGUGUGCAUAGGCAGGAAAGAGCAGGCAUGAUUGUAUAAUACAACACAACGUGUGUCCAAAACAAACUAGUACAAAGUACAAUAAACAGUGCGCGGAUUGUAGACGACACGAAGAAGGUUCUCUUUGCAAGAUUCCGCCAUAGCUAAAACCGAUAGUACAACAGCCAGCAACAAUAGUAGUCGAUAGUUUAGUGUAGUAUAGUAUUUGCUCCGUAAGUGUAGUUGCGAAUCGUGAAAGAGUGUCCUACAAUCGAACGAUGUGUUAGUACCUAAGUGUUAGUUAGUGGGUGAGUUCAGGAUUAGUUGUCGUACGUCGGAAGUUUCCACAAGUGUUGCCCACCACCUGCCAUAACCAUGCACGGAUAUCCGUUCAUGCAGGUCGUCCAGUACAGUGUGCCGACGUGCACGUGGGCCCCACCACCGGUAGAACCACCGCGUCCACCAUCAGCCACAGCGGCUUCCUCAACGUCCGGCGUGCGGAAGUACGUCAUCUGGUGUUUGAUAUGUGGCGGUAUCUCCAGCCUGCUCGGGGUGCUCUUUCUCGGCAUCUACUUCCUGCUGCGAUCGUACACCAGCACGGUCGGCUACUUCGAAACGGUGCCAACGUUCGUCCCUGCCACGCUGCUCAUGCUGACGGGUAUCUGCAUUAUGAGCCUGGCAAGACGCCGCAACCGGUACAGUUACUUGAUCAAACUGUCCGGUGCGUGUGGGCUAGCGUCGGCACUAACCUGCGCCCUGGUGACGGUCACCACGACCGUCCUGCACAUGAGCCGGCUGCAGGUGUUGCGCGAGUGCGAGUACACGCAGAAGACGCGCACCUGCACCUGCUACUCGGUGACGGCCGACAAGCAGACGGAGUCGGGCGUGGACGAUAGCGUCCGGUUCGUGUUCGACUCCACCUCCGACUGUGGCGUCGUGCAUGGGGCACUGUACUCCUGCUUGCGGGCCGUCUUUGGCCUGUCGGUGGCGGGUGUGUUGGUGGCCGUGUUUAGCUGCAUGCUCGUGUACCAGCUGCUGAGCCAUGAGCGGAAAAAGAUGUACUGGGAGCAGCUGGAGUUGCGAUGUCGCUCGCUGUACUCGGGCCAGCCGGGUGGUCCUCCCGGGUCGGUGCUACCGGCCGGUCCGGCCAUGCUCGGUGGGGUCGGUGGCGGUGCUGGCCCAGGGCUUGGAGGAGGUGCAGGACGGGCGGGCAAUUGUCGGUGCUGUGAGCAGUGCCAUGCGCAUCGGAGUGUACUGCCACCGUCAGCGUACCCGUGGGAAGGGGACGGUCGCUUCUGGACGCCGGGUCAGGCGGGCAACUUUUACUCGCCCAACCCGGGCGGGGAGGAACCGGGCGUCGGGGGUCGAUUGAAUGCGUCGAGCGGACGGCGUAUGCCGGGUUGGAGCUGGCCCCGCAUGCCCUGGCAGCGGAACGAUACCGCGCAACGGUUGUCCCCGCACAGUCCCGACUCGCAGUACGGGUUUUCGAAUCGGGCGGGAGUGACGGGGCCGAUGCUACCGGCCGGCGGUACCCUGCUCGGCGAUCCGGGACAGCCGCGGUACAACGUGAUCGAUCAGCAGUACGGGAUUUGGGGCCCACCGCCACCAUACAGCGAUCCGAACAGUCCGGCCCGGCGUGGUCGCUAUCAGUACAUCCAUCCGGCGCAGUGCGGUCCACCGUUGCUAGAUCCGACCAGUGGGGGUGGUGGCAUGGCAGGUUCACCGCUUAUGCAGCCGGGUGCCGCCGGACCAGGGAUUGCCAUGCUGGAGUGCCAUCAGCACGCGGUGAUGGGCGUGGACGUGCACGGCAUCCCGCAGCAGUACGUCGGUGGAGGACCAGCGGCACUGAACGGGCCGAGCCAGCAGCCACUCCCUUCCAACUAUGGCCGGGGUGGUGGUGGUGGUGGCGGUACUGGAGGAGCCUCUUCCAGUGGGAGCAAUCUCGGUGGCAGCAAACGGCUGCAACAGCAGACGACGACCAGCUACUGCAAACCACAGUCGAAGGAAGCGUACGAAAACACACCCUCCGAUAGUGACGGUCCAGGGCGGGAUCGGUUUUCCAACACACUGCCCGCACGCAAGGCGAAGAAACGGGUGGAGGCGGGCGCAAAGAGCAUCGGACCGGCCAACAACAGCAACGGCCAGUCGACGGGUGGUGGCGGUGGUGGUGGCCGGGUUAAUGUACAAAACGUGUUCGGUGCAAACGGUGGCCCCGGUUCGCUCGAAACGUCCGAGAACGAGUACAACGAACCGAACCUACCUCCCGCCACCGGAGGAGGAGGAGUUGUGGAUGAGUCGGCACGGGGCUCCCCAUCGCACGGGCUAGUGCACGUUGCCCCGCACGUCUCCAAUCCACCGCGCAACCGGCGCCCAAAACUUCCCAACGCGGUCGGCAUCGAGAACGGCGCCUUCCAGACGGUGGAAACGCUCGAGGCCGAGGCGGCCGGUGGCAAGCUGCUCGAGCCGACCGAGUCCGAGGUGUACUUUGCGGACGUGAGCAGCUGCUGCAACAUGUCGGUGAAGAACGACAACUACUACGAAGAUGCCAACCAAAGACGCAAAAAGGAGAAACAGCAGCAGCAGCAGCAGCAAGACCAAGCGGACGAGUACAUCGCCCAGCGGUUUGGGAAGCGCGAGGCAUCGGUCCGGAGCCGGCAACCGUUCCCCCAGUCGGCGGUGCAUGGCGGUGGGAUGGGUGAGAAGCCCCCCGUCAUGCCGCGAUCGUCCCUGCUGCCGAAGGACCACUCCCGCCAGAGCAUGUGCUCGAUGGAUUCGGGCGAGCGGACGGACUACACCGAUCUGUCCCCGGCCACACCCAGUACAAACUUCCCAUCGAUCGGUGGUGGUCCGGCUGGUGGGAAAUCGCACCAGCAGCAACAGCAACCGCAGCAAACCUCAGCGACCGAUGGCAACUUUAUCGCCUCCUACCCGUACUCGUCGAACGAGCAGAGCCAGGAGGCGCACCGGCGGUCGACGAAAAACCUGCACGACAUCUUCCUGGCGCCCGACUCGCAGUACGAGGUAAUGAAGGAAUUGCAUAGGUUUAAGUCGACACCACUAACGCUAACACCCUUCGAACCGCCGCCGGACGGUGGUCGCUCAUCCACUUCGCUCUGCCAGGACCUGCCGCCGGGACCGUAUGGUGCGGGGACGUCGGCGUCGGCGGCGACGACAGCGACGACGACGACGCCGGCCAGCAGCCAUUCGACGAAGCCGAAAUCGCCCAAGAAUCUCAACAUCACGCCAAUCAAGCGGCAGAGCCUGGGCACGAACAUCAGCUCGAUCAUCCAGAACCUGAGCGGCAGCGACGUGGGGCUGCUGUAUCCGGAGGGACGGACCCAUGGGGCGUACCAUACCGGGGGCGGUGGUAUCGGCUCGUCGGACGGUUCGUCCUCCAACGGGGAGGGCACGAUCGCGGUGACGGUGACGGGCAGUCGCCGGACGGCACCGGUGGACGUGAACGACAGCAUUAGCAGCAACGAGGACAAUGAGGAUCAUCCAUCAAGUGAGGGUGAGCGGAGACGGGCGGUCAGUGAUCGGCGGUUGUGAGACGAAGUGUACGUGUGAGCAUCGCUCACCGGCCCGGCUAUCCUGCAGCUCGUGUAGUUGUGGUCCUCUGCGGUCCGUACUCCGUGGAAGCUUCCCAAGGUCCAGGGAGGUUCAUGAAUGAUGAAGCUUGUUUAAGAGUAGGAUUCUUUAUGCGGUUAUGACAGAGAAGUUGUUAUUUCAAGAUUCGGUGCGAUUCAAGCAUGCAGCUCAACAAACCCAACAGAGGCCCCUACUGCAUCAAGGAAUUGUUGAUUUAUGUUAGCAACUUUAAAGGCCAAGUGUACGCCCUCCAGCAGCAUGCAUCUACUUGACAACCUAUCCAUCCGGAACGAUCGCGUCCAUCAGAUCUAGGCAACGUGGGGGUUCUUUCCUCCAAAGUCCAGCCUGUUAAUCGUCGUUAAUCCCAUCCCCAGUUAGGAGUUGUUAGGAACUCUUUUUUUUUUUGUUGGCACCUAAAGGCAAAAUUAGGCCAGAGGAUGUGAUCGUCCGCGUACAUGAUCUCCCCCGAUCAUCAGUGUUUUUUUGUUUUGUUGUUUGCAGCAGCUUUAAUACGUUCGCGUCUGGUUUAGAUCCACCAAACUAGCAAAUUAGGCUACAAAUAUUCAAAAUACUCCAAAUAUUUCGUUCAUACCCCUACGUCACGCGUCCCUGGUGUGCGUGGCAGGUAUUAAUAUUUAGUGUAAAUAGAUGUACGCUCCUCACUCAUUAGUAGACAGGAAGAAAACCCUCGUUACAUACACACUUAACAGCAUCGCGAUGCUGACAUUGCUGUUAACUAGGUAAAGCUUUAUGCAAUUUAAUGUUUGUAGGAAUUUCGUUUACACUAUGUCUUUACACUUCACGCGGGGUUGGUGGACUCCCCUCCGACAUCACCCGCAAUGAUCGUGUGUUCCCCUCCCUGUAGAACCUUAAAGCAGUGUAGUUAAGUUAUCCUUAGUGGCGUUAGUGGAACAAAAUGCACACACACACACACACACAAAUAUACUAAAGUCGGUCGGUCAGUGUGGGAAACAAUGGUAAUAGAAGAAAAAAGAACAAAUCGCUCAAAUAAUAGUUUAAUAGUUUAGCGCGUUUCCAUCAGAGGGAGCCACACACAACAGAUCGGUUGCCAUGUACAAAUGAAUCUGCACUACUACUACUACUACUGCGACUACUGGACCGUAUGGUGACUAUUUGCUACUAGGUGUACUAUAAAGAUCGCCGGUGGGAUUGAGUUCGCACCCGAAAGUGUCACUUCCGACGGUUUCUAGUUCUGUAGCGAGGUAAUAUUCUAACGUUCGCCAAUCGACUCUUCACCGCAGAGAGCAGCAAGCAACAGACAAAAAUACGUGUAACAUGUGUAUGUGUGUGUUUGUAGGUGGUGCACCAGAUGCGAACAAUCGCACGAACAAAGCAAAACGCGAAAUAAAUAUUAUGUAUU